AACUUCCUUGAGGUGGUCCGGAUAUGAAAGGCACGUCACGUGUAUCCGGAUGAGGGUGAUCCGGAUGGUAGCACGUGCCACGUGUCACCAUGAGGUGCGUGGCACGUGUUCUCAGGAGGAGGGGUCCCUACACUGGGAGCGUCUCAUUUUUCCAAAAUACAUCAAACCUGAUGAUAUAUGGGAGAACAGCCCCUUGGGAGAAAGGUUGAUGAUGGAAUAUCAAGAAAGUUUCUGUGUCACUGCAUUCAUAAAGUCUGUGGUUGCCCGUAGCCAGAGACGCGCUACUGUACUUACGCUCCCCAUCUGCUGCACCGAAGAGGCAUUGGAGUAUGCUGCUAACGAGUCUCCCUCAUUGAAGGCUUUGCGUUUGCAUGAUGAUCUACUUUUCAAAAAAUCAACUAUUAUUCCAAAACUGAUAAGCAAGUGGAAAAAUCUGGAGAUGUUGUCACUGGGGAGCAGACAUAACAUGGAGGAAAUCCUAGCCCAAAUCAGUCUUCACUGCAACAACUUCAUUAUGCUAUUUGCUCCACAAAUAUAUGUUGGGAAAGAUGAAGCGACAGCUAUAGUCACCUCAUUGCCAAACCUCAAGUACUUGGUUCUAAAGGGAUCAACAAUUGAGUGGGAAAAUCUAGUGAUGGUAUUGCAGGGCUGCAAAAAGCUCCUACGUUUGGACGUCAGGAAAUGCAUUGGAUUUGAGAAGAAUGAUGCUGAGAUAUUGGCACUUGCUUCCCAUAUUCCUACAUUCAUGUGUAAAGGUUCCAUCUUAUAUGAUUAUGAUGACGAACCCUUGACAUAUAAGGAUGCUGAUUUCGCUCCUGAUGACCAUUAUGUUUGAGAGUUUGCGAGUUGAGUUUGUUAUCCUAAAGACUCGAUGAGAAAUUCCCUUCUGUGUGCCUCUAUGUAAUAUGAGUUGAAUAGUUCAUGAGAAUAAUUGAUCCAUUCCCGUGAACAUUAGAUACGUAAAGAAGUUGUAUUGGCAAUUCCAUUCCAGUUGUUUACCUGGUAUCUUGAAACAAAAGAUCAAUUAUUGACCAAUCUUUCUUGGAUCUCCUUGGCAUUGAGGAUCCAGGCCAAGUUUUCAUGAGGGCUGCACGACUCUAGAAAAUGCAAUGUGGCUGCAACUACGGAUUAUAUAUUGCACAUCUUUAAUGAUUAUGAAUGGUUUGGGGAAGUUCAAGCCACACUGUUCUCAGGGACUGAUAAAUCCAUGCUUAAAGUGAUCGACUAAGAGCACCAACUAGAAUUAGGUGAUUGAUCGGCUAGUUACCUGAUUCAAAGUGAAUCUAUCAUCCUAUUUCAAGUGUCAUGGUGCAAGUUGUUGGAAUAUCUGAAAAAUUAUAUUCCAAGGCUUGGAUCGAUAGUGCACAUGCAUCUACAAUCCUAGGGAUGCUAGAUCUAAGACAAUAGAAGCAUUUAAAACAUGUAUGGUAGCUUAGAUCUAGGGCCCAAAAAUUUUACUUUUGAUUUUUAUGUUCUCUUAUCGAAUCUUGUUGCUAAAGUGGAUCUCGAAGACUUCUCGAUCUUUAAUCUUAUUAUUGUCUUUUGGUCCGUAGCAUUAAAAAAGAGCAAUCUUCUCUCUUCUUAGAGUAACUGGACAUUAGGGCUCUCUCUCUUAGAUAAUGAAUAAAAGUGUCUAAUCCUAAAUUCUUAAGGGGUUUUAUAAAAAUCUUUUUUGUGGACAUAAGUGACUUAGACCCAUAGCAGACUCGGGUUAUUUAAUCUAGUCCAUUGAGUUUUAAUUAAUUAAUUAAUAAGCCUCGAUGUACCGAUAUUUUGCUGAUUUUUUUUUUUUGGAGCCACAUCAGCCCCUUUGUGCCCAACAUUUUUCCGAAAGAAGAAAGGAUUUAAUGCAGAAAAAUGAGUUUGAAGCAACGAAAGUAGCAAGCCUAACCAGAUUCUGACAUAUUUUUCCAUUGGAGGCAUAUGUUUCAGAAUUUACCAUUUUCUUGCUAUAAGGGUAUCUGGUGUUGAAGAUGUUUGAACCGAUAAUAUAUGAUAUGGAGAUCUUGACUACUUGGUUUUUACACCAAAUUAUUAAUUUUUCCUCGAUUUAUUGAUAUUUUUGUAAUUUUUACAAAGAAGAAGAAUUUAAUACGUAAUAAUGGGUCUGAAGCAAAUCAAACCAAGAAGCCCAGCUUAAUUCUUACCAUUUUUUUUCAUUAGAGACACAUGAUUUAAAUUGUUCAUUUUCUUUCUAUAAGUUUUGAAAAUAUUAGGGGACUAUAAAAAAAUAGA